AUGUCCACCCCAACUUCCUCUCUAGUCGCUCCCCACACUGUCGUCCCCGUUGGGACCUCCGAGACUGUUCCUACGUCUCUGGCGCCCUCCGCCGUAUACGUCGACAACGAGCUGACACCUCCCGCGCCGGACGUGUCAGAAUGCUUCCACAAAGAGAACUACACGGUCCGCCAAUGGGCUGGCCACAUCAACUACACAGUCGCUGCGUACACAUACGUGACCGGCGGGAGUCUCACGGACCCCAAGUUCACAGAACACGGCGGCGAAGUCUGGGUCAUUCUUGUUCACGGUGGUGGCUGCCAGGCUCAGGCAUUCAAGCAAUUCGCGAAUAUCGACAUCAAAGCCUCCAUCGACGGCCUUGUCACGGGCGGGACCACUCCCCUAAAGGCUGAACAGCAGCUGCCGCCCACGGGAUCGGGAGAACGGCAAUACGAUCCGUCGGGACAGAUAACACCCUUUACAAAAUACACCAUAGAUUACGGUCAUUUGAUGACAUUACUCCGCAACGGAGGAGCCGAUUUCGUUUCAUUCCAGGCCAAGUAUGGGGACGUCUACUCCACUUUCAUAGGCACGCAAAAUGGUGAAGUCAUGGUCAAUGGUAAAGAAGUGGAAUUCCUAGUCACGGGCAGCGGUUCGCCGGACGGUCCAAACAUGAACAUUCACGGCUUCUCGGUCUUCAGUACAUUCACGCGUAUUGAGGGAAUAUCCAUCAAUAUUGAGUACAAUGUUAUAGUAAAUGGGAGUAACAGCGACCUAACCUGGAGGGAUAACGGUUCCAAGAGCUUCACUCUUAACCUGAUGCCGGAGCACUGA